ACUCCAGAGGAGUAAGUCUCACAAAUUCAAAACCAAAUUGUGGAAAAAUGUUGAAGAAGAAUUAAAGAAAGAAAGAAAUAAAUAAAAUAUUACAUAAUUAAUGAAAUUUCUCCAGCACAAACUUUCAUUGCAGCUGCAGCGUGUCGAAUGUCGAAUUUACGAUGAGAGUUCAAUAAAAUCACUGAAUUGCUCCUUGCGAAGAGACAACAUAACCAAAGAAAUGGUGUUGGACGCCGACCUCACACUGACCCGGCAAAUCAACAAUGUCAAGUGCAAAAAUGCAAUUGUGUUCGAACAUAAUGGCUUCACUCACAAAUUUCACGAGCUUGAAGUGGACAUCUGUCAGGCGUUGAGUCAACGUUUCGAUUUUUAUCUCUUUCGCCUAAUCCUCGAUGAGAUACAUAGAGUGACGAACUUUCCGCUACAAUGUCCACUGGAAAAAGACGUUCAGUAUCAUCUGCGUAGCUUUACGCUCAACUCCAAAGAUUUUCCGCAGUUUUUACCCAAUAUGAAAUGGUCCUUUUACAAUAAUUUCAGCACCAGCAAAAAGAUAACAAUGGGGUUUGAUGUUUUUGGUUCGUUGACACGCAUAAAAGGGUAG